AGUAACAGACUACGUUCCAUACGUCUAAAGCGAAUUGGAUCUGCCAAAAUCGGAUCGUGUGAACAGACUUUAGCAAAAGCAAGAGGUGUGAAGGUUCCCCCCGAGAUCUCUACACCUUCUUUUACUUUUACUGAACAAUUUUAAACACCACGUGAAUGACACGAGGUUACAUUCCAGAUUUCCUGAUCGAACACGAACACAACACGUGUAUUCGUCGUGGCCAUAAUUUUGUAAUAAAAUAUUUUAAUUACGCGUACAAUUGAAAUGCAUUUACUAUAUAACAGCACAAUCACUUUGCAUUGACUGAUCUCUUAAGUCUUUAACGGGAAAAGAUGGCAGACGCAAUCAAAGAGAGUGUAAAGGAAUAUUAUGGGAAAAUUUUGCAAACCAACAACGAUGUAAAGACCAAUGCUUGUAUUCAAGCGCCUGGUAAAGUGCCGAAGCAAGUCAAAGAAGCGUUAGAAUUGUGUCAUGAUGAGGUUUUGUCAAGGUAUUACGGUUGUGGUCUGGUUUUCCCUACAGCUGUGCAAGGCAUAAGUGUGUUGGAUUUUGGGAGCGGUGCUGGUCGUGAUUGCUUUAUCUUGAGUAAACUUGUUGGAAAAGAUGGGUUUGUAACUGGUGUUGAUAUGACUGAAGAACAGUUAAAGGUUGCCAAAAAGCACAUUCCUUACCACAUGGAGAAAUUUGGAUAUGACAAACCAAAUGUGGUCUUCAAACUAGGAUAUAUUGAGAAUCUUAAAGCAGCUGGAGUUGAGGACAAAAGCUGUGACUUGAUUAUCUCCAAUUGUGUUAUCAAUUUAUCUCCUGAUAAACCAUCAGUUUUUAAAGAAGCCUUUAGAGUGUUAAAGGAUGGUGGAGAGUUGUAUUUUAGUGAUAUUUAUGCUGAUCGUGAACUUCCUCAAAACAUCAAAGACCACAAAGAACUAUGGGGUGAAUGUCUUGCUGGUGCCUUGUAUUGGAAAUCGUUCGUUGAUUUGGCUAAAGAAAUCGGUUUUUCUGGGCCAUAUUUGGUCACAAGUCGUGAUUUGGCUGUUGGUAAUGAAGAACUCUCAAAAGUUUUAGGUGAUUCUAAGUUCGUCUCGGCAACGUAUCGUCUGUUCAAAAGCAACAAAACCCCCGACAAUAAUAGUAGCUGUUCUGUCAAGUACAAAGGUACAAUGAGUGAAAGCUCAGACACGUUUAAAUUUGACCACGAACACUCUUUUGAUUCAAAUUUCCAAGCAGUAAGCUAUGACAUAUUCGGCGUUCUCAAGAACUCCAGGUACUCAAAACAUCUUGAGUUUAAUGAUGCUGACUCGACAUGUACGGCUCCUUGUGCUUCUGCGAAUUCCGCUGACCCAUUCAAGCUGGCGAGCGCAGGCGCAGAGAGGCCACCCUGCUGUAAAAAGGCGAAAGCUUGUUGCUAGAAAUCGUCACAACCGUGAGUUACACCAUUCCGUAUGUUUAGCCUUUUAUUUUUAGUAAUUUAUAUUCUCAACUUAACAUGUGUAUAGUCAACUAUAUUUGAAAGAAGAUUUUUGCGAAUAGUUCGCAAAGGCUUUCAACAUCUUAUGAACUUAGCUGAGCUAAUAUGAUAUAACAUAUAUAAUACGAAUAAUAUAACAUACUUGGUAGAAGCCUAGUGGGAGUGAAAUAUACUCUAUAUCCACUUUCAAAUUUAUG